ACAGUCUUCAUCAGCAGAUUGAGAUUGGUCCUCUUAGCACUUGGACAGGAUAUCUAAGUUAUCUGUUUAAAUAUGGCAUGAAAUAGAAGAAAAAAUGAGAACAAAGGUAGUCUACAGAUGAAGAGGAUCAUACUGGAGAUGGUGAUGUAUGAGCACUGCGGUGGAAAAAUGGUUAAGGACAAGAAACCAGUCUGACAUCCAGCCAAGGUAGUGAGUUUCUAAAGCAGGCCCAGGGCGCCCUCUGGUGGCUCUAAACAGAUUCCUGACCAACGCUUAUUCACGUUGAUUAGUAUGAUUAGCUCGAUAUACAUUUAAAAGUGCGUUAAAUUAAGACAGUUGGAGCAGCUGCUGAGGACCAAUGGACGACAGUAACAAAGUAAAAUCAAAGGAAAUGCUGGCGUUAGCGUUAGCUGUUUGAAAAAGAAUGUUCUAGUCACAAGCGGAGACGUUACCAGCGUCCGUUGUCAAGGCAACGCCACGCGAAUCCGAGAUAGGAAAAACAGGAUUACUCACUGUGUGGUAAUUUCUUGGAGCCGGUACAAAGUGACAAAAGCAGACGCCCAUUGGCCGUUGGUCCAUGCUGGGGAGGAUUUCAGCUCAGUCCUACAGCUUUGACCAGAGUUUUUACACCUACAACAGUGAAAAGUUUGCACUGUGUUUCUUCAGAGACCCUGAUGUGGUAUCCAGUCUGAAAAAGAUGGAGGCCAGCGUCUGGGUGCCUCUUGAUAAGCCAGUGGUAUCUGUUGACGUCGAGGUGGUGCCAUGCACUAAAGUCUCCAUGGAGCUGUUUGACCCAAUCUACUCUUGUGGCAUCCUGAGACCCUCUGGACAUGUAGUUAAAUGCUUUCAUGAUGUCUACCCUGACUAUGAUGAACUCAGACAGAUGCUGCAGGAAGAGGACAGUGAACACUACAACGUGAUUGGGAGAGAGGAGCGAGGAGAGUUUCUUUUUCAUCUCUUCAAGCACUUGUGUCUCGGAGGAGAGCUUUGUCAGUAUGAAGACACCAUUGAUCCUUACAUCAACACCACAAAGCAAGUGUACAAAGAUCUAAUCAGUGUUCAGAAGGAUCCAGAUACAAAGAAGAUGAGUGUUGUCUCCACUGUGCUCAAAGUCAGUGCCCAUGAUGAGUCAGGGAGAUGUUACCCUGGGAGACGAGAGGAGGAGCGGACGUUUGCCUUUUUGAUUGUUGACCCCUUCAAACGACAUGUGACUUUGUUCCACCACUUCUAUGGUGUUGGAAACUUCACUUUGUGACAGUGAAGAACCCAAAAUUGUCCCGUAUCAAACCUGUCAGUCACUUGCUGGACAAUCUGACAGUGUAUGUACAAACACAUCAGCUUAGAGUUUGAGCUUUAGCUGAAGGAGUUCAGUCUGAUGUCAGUUAACUUUCCUCCUUUACUGUUGAGAAAUUUGAGUGAAAAAUGCAGUCAAAUACAGUCAAAUGCAGAGCAAAACAGAAACCUGGGUACAAAAAGGAGAAUUUACCAGAUUGAGAAGAAAUCAUUAUUUUUGUUCUAGUUAAGUAAAUAUAAUUGCAAUAAAAUCUUUUUAACCAGCCUGGGAGCAUUUGUUGGUGGUUUGUUCAAGAGCUUCAGCCAUCACUGCGUAUACAAUACAAGAGGUUAUAAUGCACCGCCAGAGCAAUGCUAUUUCUUCAGGGCAGUCUGGAUGUUACAGUGAGUUGCUAUUGGAAAAUAACUUGACAGGCUUGCUGGGCUGGAGCUAGCUGGUUAGCAUGCCAGCUUCAGUAAAAGAAAAGAAGUGAUAGAAAUAGAAACGAAACAUUGGCGUUGCUUUCCAUCACUGGACAACUCUUGGAAAAUAAAGGAGUAAAGUUUGAUGCAUUUCUUCUAGAUUGGUAAAAACUGUUAAUCCUAACAUUGGCUAUGUAGCAAUUGCAAAAAGUUACAAAUAGUUCCUUUAAAACAUCACUUUCGUGGGUAUGUUCAUCCAUUUUUUGCCAUGUGAUUUCAAAACCUGCAAUAAACACUGUUAUUCUGUUAAUAUAAAACAUUACCCACUAUUAUUUGGAAUAGUUCAGUUUAAGGAAAAGAGAAAAGUCAACAUACAGUCCAAAGAGCUUUAUUGAAACAAAUAAAUUAAUAAGUUAGUCAAGUGAGCUAAUUUUAUCUUCAGCAGAUAAACAUUUUGUAUCUAUUUAAAAGAUCAAAUAGAGGUGUGCAUUAGAUUAGAAAAUAAGAUAAGCAUCAUAUGUCAUCAACCAGUAGCUACAUCAAUUGGAAUUGGAAGACUUUGUUAGGUUAGCAUUUUGCUUAUUGCUUUGAUAAUCUGUGUUUCAUUUUAACAACAGUUCCAAUACCUAAGAGAGCAGUUAAAGGGAAACGAGCUGGAAUGUCAAAUGGCAGCAAGUCAGUGAACGAUGGAUGGUAAGGACGUCAUGAGAAAGAACAGAGUGACAAGAGAAAAGAGAACGUGCAGAUUGAGUCAUGCAUAGCAUUCAGUCAGUUAGACAAUCAGUUACUGUUUCUCAUACUUGGUUUCCUAGACUAGCGCCCCCUAGUGGCCUCAGAGGUAGUUGUGUGGAAGCCAUUCUGAUCUAUUGUGACAUGCUUAUGAAAGGAGACAUGCCUGCAGAGUUUCCUGUGCUGAUACAAGCGUCCAUGCCUCCAGAUCUGACAGGUGUUAAAAUACAGUAAGGGCGCCGACGCGAGGAGGUCCUGGUAGAGUUACCAUGAUAUGCUACAUAUACAGUAAUAUUCUCAGAAAAUAUCAAAGGUUGCAAUAGUCAUAAAAGACUAACACCCCUAAAAACUAAGUGUUCAUAACAAUUUUGAUAGUGUUUCUUUAGUUAGAUCAACAUUUUGAAAAAAGAGAGCAUGGCUAUCCUCGUGUGAUAUUUUUAUGAAACACUGUUGUCGUCAAAGCAGCUUUUAUAUGUAAGUUUGAGAUAGAAAGCCGCACCAUAUCAGUUACAGAACGAGGACAUAGAAGGCACAGGUCAUUUCCUCUCAUGUCUUGACUCAAGACUCUACAGAAGACAUCCCUAAUGGGUUUUUUUUCUAAUCCUGGGGCCACCACUAACAACAACAUGCAAUACAGUGGUCUUACAUAAAUUUUCAUGAAGCUCAACAUUCCAGGUGACAGUGAAGUGACAAUGUUGAUAAGUGUAAUAAUGCCUCUAACAGCGAGGCAUCUCUUGUUGUAAUUUAGGCCAAAGAAUAAAGCUACCAAGCAUUUCUCUAUUAAAUGAAUGCAAACGUUUUACAAUACCAAGAGCAAGUUCCGCAGUGCCAUCUUAUUCCUCAUGGCAGCACUGAAGUACAUUCACUGUUUGAAGUCUAGGUUUGGCUUGAAUGGGGGAGUGGAGCACCUGAGUCAACUGGCGUGACUGAACCAAAUAAAUGAAAUCACUCAGAG